AUGCGGCUGCUUGCGGCCACCGUGACGGUACCUGUGAUGGUGGCAGUUGCAUUCGCAAAGUUUCGUGGAUUGAAUCUGAGCCCUCAAGUGCUUUGGUACAGGGCCAGCACCUCACUCCGUGCCCUGAUGGCCAUCUACACGCUGCCAGACCAAGACGUGAAAGACUUCCUGGCUUCCUACGAGCUGUUUGACCAGGAACGUGUGUCCGGGAGCCAUGACUUCGAGAACACGGUGAAGUACUACAAGGUGCUCAACCAUCUUUGUGCCGUGGGGGAGGUGGAGAAGAUGUACAUCCCACCGGUUCUCGAUCCGACGGACGGUGUCUUCGAGAACCAGUUGCUUUGGGAGGAGUCCAUGUCUCAGCGCCUGGAUCUGGCACCCGGUGCCCGGGUCUUAGACCUGGGCUGUGGCCGAGGGCGCAUCGCGCACCACGUGGCCCGGCAUUCUGGGGCCCAUGUCACUGGCCUGAACAUCGACCAGAGCCAGCUCCGAGUGGCAGAGGACUAUGCCAGAGUCACCGGCCUCCUAGACAGGCAGCUGAACUUCGUGCAUGGGAAUUUCAACGACCCCUUGCCUUUUGCAGACGAGAGCUUCGAUGCCUUGUACCAGGUGCAGGUUCUGACCUACACGGUGGAGCCUCUGAAGCUCUUCCGGGAGAUGUUCCGGGUCCUGCGGCCCGGUGCAAAGAUCUCUUUCCUGGACUGGGUGCAGCUCCCAAACUUCAAUGAGUCGGAUGUGGGACACCAAGAGCUUCUCAGGAAGGUGAAGCCUUUGCUGGGGGCCGUGUGGACUCCGAAGGUUUCGGACUUCAUUGAGCCCUUAAAGGAGGCAGGAUUUCAGAUCCUCUCUAGUGAGGAGGCGAGCAGGACGGGAGGCCAGUAUGCUUUAAUCGAGAAGGCCCGGGUCUUCUUCGAGGCCGCCGGGAUGCUGCUUCGAGCCAUGACCAAGAUAGGGCUCCUCCCGAAACAUUUCGAAACUCUCUUCGACCGGCUCACGAAGGAUGGAGAGGCCUUCGUGGAGGGUGACAAGCUAGGGCUCUUUACUACGAGCUGGCAGAUCAUCGCGCAGAAGCCACUUGACCCUACAGUCGCUGUACUGAGCUAG